CAGAAAAUGAGAGCACUCCUAUCCAACAAUUAUUGGAACAUUUUCUUCGUCAGUUACAGAGGAAAGAUCCUCAUGGUUUUUUUGCUUUUCCAGUCACGGAUGCUAUUGCUCCUGGAUAUUCCAUGAUAAUAAAACAUCCUAUGGAUUUUGGUACAAUGAAAGAAAAAAUCGCAGCAAAUGAGUACAAGUCAGUAACGGAAUUCAAGGCAGAUUUUAAAUUGAUGUGUGACAAUGCAAUGACUUACAACAGACCAGACACCGUGUACUACAAACUGGCCAAAAAGAUCCUCCAUGCUGGCUUUAAGAUGAUGAGCAAAGCAGCUCUUUUGGGCGAUGAGGACCCAGCUGUUGAAGAUCCAGUGCCCGAAGUUGUUCCUGUGCAUGUAGAGACUACCAAGAAAUCCAAAAAACCAAGUAAAGAAGUUAUUAGUUGUAUAUUUGAACCAGAAGGAAAUGCGUGCAGUCUGACAGACAGCACAGCCGAAGAACAUGUCCUGGCCUUGGUAGAGCAUGCAGCAGAUGAAGCACGGGAUCGGAUCAAUCAGUGUCUCCCAAACAGCAAGAUAGGCUACCUGAAGAAGAAUACUGAUGGAUCUUUGGUCUUCAGUGUACUCAAUCCAUCAGAUCCUGAAACAGAAGUAGAGGAGGAGACCCAUCCAGUGGAUCUGAGCUCUCUGUCAAGCAAGUUACUACCUGGAUUCACAGCAUUGGGCUUCAAAGAUGAAAGAAGGCACAAAGUUACAUUUCUUUCAAGUGCUAAUACAAUGGUUUCAGUGCAAAACCACUCUAUCUUUCAUGAUCUGAAAGUGGAUGAAAUGGAGCUGCUGUAUUCGGCAUAUGGAGAUGAGACUGGGAUUCAGUGUGCCUUAAGCCUUCAAGAAUUUGUGAAAGAUUCUGGAAGCUAUAGUAAAAAAAUAGUAGAUGACUUGCUGGAUCAGAUCACUGGUGGAGAUCAUUCUAAGUCUAUUUAUCAACUAAAACAGAGAAGAAACAUUCCAAUGAAGCCACCAGAUGAUCUCAAAGUUCCAUCAGUCCUCAUAAAAGAAGAACAUAAAUUAUGUAAUACUUGCCCAGAUGACUCCAAGCAAAGUAUGAUUGGAGAAGCCAUUGGAGAUAAUAGUAGUUCUGUUUUGGACUUUCUAUCUAUGAAAACAUAUUCAGAUAUGUCACUUGAUAUAUCCAUGUUGAGUUCAUUAGGUAAAGUAAAGAAAGAGUUUGAUCAUGAUGACAAUCAUUUACACUUGGAUGAAACAACUAAAUUAUUACAGGACCUUCAUGAGGUACAGACGGACAGAAUAGGAUCCAGGCCUUCUUCUAACCUCAGUUCCCUCUCUAAUGCUUCUGAAAGGGAUCAACAUCAUCUAGGAAGCCCGUCUCACUUAAGUAUAGGAGAACAGCAAGACAUGGUCCAUGACCCCUAUGAAUUUCUUCAGUCUCCAGAACCUACAAAUGUCAAUAAUUAAUUUCACAUAUAUUGUAUAUAUUAACUAUGAAACAUUUCAUAGACUCCCACCAAACAGUAGGCAUUUCAACUCUUUCUUUCCUCCCCAACUCCCAAAUAAGAAUUACUGCUUAGUUAUGUUUAUACAUUUUACUUGGAUAAAAUACAUCAUGGUAUUUGUUCCAUCCCAAACAAUAUUUUAGGAAUAUGUACAAUAAUCUGGAGUUACAAAUUAUGUAUUUAAGAAAACCUGUUUAUAAAAAUGGCUAACCAGCUGUUUAUCAUGCUGUUGAUUGCUACACAUACUUAAUGUACAACUGUGGCUAUAUAGAAAGUUCUCUAAGAUAAAUUUAUUUCAUUUGUGAUACAAUUUUCAGAAAUAGGGUGGUUUCAUAUUUUCCCUUCUAUCAGUUUUUCAUUGCCAAGAUGGUUUGAUGAAAAGAAAGUUGUUGACUCUUCAUUUAGAAUGAAAAACAAAGUACUCUUGAGAACUUUUUAAAAUUAAGUUGAAAUUUGAUAUCGUAUGAUUUUAAACAUUAUGUACAAACCAGUCCCUUCUAUCAGUUUUUCAUUGCCAAGAUGGUCUGAUGAAAAGAAAGUUGUUGACUCUUCAUUUAGAAUGAAAAACAAAGUACUCUUGAGAACUUUUUAAAAUUAAGUUUGAAAUUUGAUAUCGUAUGAUUUUAAACAUUAUGUACAAACCAGAAUAAUACAUUCAUUAACAAUAUUGUAAAUAUUAAUAAAAAUGUACUUGUGUUCUGGUGUUCCCAGUU